AUGGCCGACCAGAGUCCAAUUCUGGCGAGGCUGGAUGCAGCGCUCACGGAUGCAUUAGCUGACUGGAAUAUCUACACGACUUUGUUUGCUGGCAUUCUCGUCGCAUUUGCUUUUUAUGCCGUGGUUUCGAACAAGGAUCCCGAUGUCCACCCGUUCCUUCUCGCUCGCCAAUCUACAGCAUCUCCCAUCCGUCAAUCCGGCGAGUCGGCAACCUACCGCAGCCUCGAGACCCCCUAUGGACUCCCCCUUCGACAAGGAUUAAAUGUGAAGGACGUCGGCGCACCCAAGUGGACCGCCGGUCGGCGUGGUGACCUUCGUGAUGUCUGGAAGAGUGCUGUUCGUGGAGCUCUCAAUGAGAAUGGUAUUAGCACUGGAAAGCAGGGCAAAAUAUACACUGUCCUUGGCAAAAAAUCCAUUGAACACUCGUUGGAUCAGGUCACACAGGAGAUUAAUGUGAUCGGCGGUCACAUUCAGAAGUCCGAGGUGAAGACCGUCGCCGUCUGCCUGACCGACUCUAUUGAGUUGCUGGCUGCUAUAUUCGCUGGCUCAUUUUACGGAUUCAAGGUUGUCCUGGUUCCCCAUAACCUUCCUGCGGAGACACUGUCAGGCCACCUUCAGAACGCUAAAGCUGACGCGCUUAUUGCCGAGGCCGGCUCACUUGAUCUUUCCUUUGUCACUAAAGGUAACAAGCAGCUGUCACUCGUUAUAUGGGUGGCUAAGGAUGGUAACCGGCACAUGGAUUGGCAUGAGGUCCCUGAGGAUGUGAAGGGCGGGCUUGAGGUUGCCGUCUGGCACGAAUUAGUCCAGGAAGGCAAGGACCUGGCCGGCUUUAACGUUCCCAAAUACGACCCUACUACCCCUGCCCCCGAAGUCAGUACAGUUUGGCCCUCGGAAUCUCCGUCUGGCGAAUUUAUCGAUUUCAAGCAAGAGAAUCUUGUGGCUGCCAUCGGCGCCCUGGGCUCAACGCUGCCGCGAAACCAACGUUUCAGCCCGUCUGAUCUUGUCUUCUCUAUCGAUUCGCUCUCCCGCUCCUAUCCGCUCUGCCAAAUUUUGAAUGCCCUGUUCUCGAAUGCCUCUAUUGCCCUGAACUCGGUUGCUGGCGAGAAUGUCGACUUUGCCUUGGCUACUAAUGGCGUAUCUCCAACGGUGAUUGUUGCAUCGUCGCGCACUAUGUCCGAAUACCACGAGGGUGUCAUGAAGCCGCACACCGGACUGGUCUCUUCUUUUGGCCGGUGGGUGCAAUCUCGGACACUGAAUGCAGGAAAUAUGCCACCAAAGGGCUUCUUCAGACAGCUUGCUCAGAUUGGACCAACUGCGGAGCUUUCGCUGCAAAAGUUGCGUCUGUUGUGUAUCUCACACCGUGUCGAUGCUGAUGCCUCCGUCCGCCUGAGCUCGGAGCAGCUUACGGACCUCCGAAUUUACACGGGGGCUCGCAUUCUGUAUGCGCUGACUGGUCCGGGCAUUGCUGGGGCUAUUGCCCAAACCAAUGUCUUCGACUACAGGUGCCUUGGUGGCCCUAGCCAUUUUGGAGGUCCUCUCAGCAGCACCGAGGUCACCUUGACUGGCGUCUCCGAGAGCCAGGUAGCCGGCGACAGCCUGCCGGAGGGUCAGAUCAUGGUGACUGGACCCGCUGUUGUUGAUGGCAAGACUACCCUUUCCGCACGGGCACGUAUUAGCGCCGACCACACCCUUGAAUUGAGCUCUUAG